UUGGGGUUUGGACCCUGAAGCUGUCAACAGCUCAUGAUCUUUGGGGCUUGGACCUUGCAAAGGCCAAGGGCACUUGGAUUUGUGCUAUUGACCCUGCAAAGGCCAAGAACCUUUGGAUAUUGGUGUUUACACCCUGCAAAGGCCAAGGGCCUUUUGGCACUGGGGUUUAGACCCUGUUAAGGCCAAGGGCCUUUGGUCACUGGGGUUUAGACCCUGCUAAGGCCAAGGGCCUUUGGUCACUGGGGUUUAGACCCUGCUAAGGCCAAGGGCCUUUGGUCACUGCUGUUUCUCACUCCUUGUGAAAGGGGCAGAUGGAGUCCCGGCGGGGAGCUCGAGGGCUUUCUCAGCAGGGACCUUCCUCCAGAGCCCCUGAGGCACUGGUAGACAACAGUGACGGCAUGGCCAACUCCAUCAUCUGCACCGACAGUCCUGGGAAUAUCCUCUCAACUCUGACAUCCAGUGGUGAACAGCAUCCCUUGGAAUUGGUUCAGGAAGCUAUAGAGACCUGGGGGCGCAUGCAGCAAUAUUUUGAUCAAAUGGAGGAGAGAAGCCAGAGGAUCAGAAGGCACUUCCAGCACAUAGACUCUCUGGUAGAAGAAACCAGACGUGACCGUGCAAACUUUGAGAUGUCCAGGGAAAUGCUGCUGCAGUGCACUGGAAUCCCGGAGCCAGGAGCCUUGGGUGUCCAUCUGGAGAACACCAAGCAGAGGAAGGAAGCGUCAGCCCAGGCAGAACAGACAGAGCAGCAGGACAGAAUGGAGGUUUCCCAGGAGCAAGAGUCAUUGGGCAGGGCUCUGGAGCAGCUGCGCCAGGAAUCCUCUGGCCAAGAGCAUGAAAUGGCUCAGGUGUGCAGAGAGAAGGAGCUGCUGGGCCGUGAGAAGGCUGCCCUUGAGGGCCGACUGGCAGCCACAGAGCGCCACCAACAUGACCUUUCCAAGCAGCUGGCAGAGACCAGGUCAGCAAAGGAGAGCCUGGAAUCCAGGCUGUGUGCUGCUCAGCAGCAGAUAUCUCAGCUGGAGGUUACCUGGAACCAUCUGGAGGCUCAAGUGCUCUCAGUCACACAGACCAAGGAGGUGCUAGAAGGAGAAGUGAAGUGCUUGCAACGUGAGCUGGAAGCAGAGAGAGCUCUCAGGAGGCAGGAAAGGGAGGACACAGCUCAACAGCUCCUGCAGGCAGAGCAGCAGUAUCACGAAAGCCUCAGGCUUCAGGGAACUGCUCAGCAGCUGGAAAUAAAGAAGCUCCUGCAAGACCUGUCAAGUGAGCGUGAAAGGCACCAUGCAGAGAUGCAGGAGACGCUGGAGCAAUGGGAAAAAGAGAAGGCAGAGAGAGAGCAGGAGCACAAGAAGGUGCUGUUUGAGAUGAGGCAGAAAGUUGCCACCCUGCUGGCCCAACAAGAAGAGGAACAAACUAGAUUUGAAGAUGCCAAGCGAGAGGUGCUGCUGGAAGAGCAGAAGGAGAAGAGUGCUUUAUCAGAGGCACUGCUCCAAACUCAGGGAGAGCUCAGCCAAGCACACCAGCAGGUCCAGCAGCUCAGGCAGGAGCUGAAAGAGCAGCAAGAGAAGGGGCAGACCAUUGAGGCAAAUCUGCAAGCUGAGCUGCAGGCAGCUCGCAGUGAAGUCCAGACAGCGCAGAGGAGGCACGAGGAAGAGCUACAAGGCCUCAAAGAGGAAAUGAAUCUCCUCCUUGAGCAGAGGGAGGCUUUACAAAAGCAGGUGGGAGAGUUGACAUCUCAGCUGGCAGCCUCCCGAGAGUCCCAGGAAAUGACUGUCCAGAGAGCCCAGCAAGAUGUGAGGGAGGCCCAGGAAGAGUCCAGGCAGAAGCAGUUGGAGGUUGAGCACACCCAGAAGAUGCUGGAGGAGGCAAAACAACAGAACAAGGAGCUGCAAGUGCAUCUGCAGAACUUGGAGAGGAAAUGGAGUCGAUGGGAAGAAGUGGCUCAGCACAAUUCAGAAUUGCAGGCUUCUGUGCAUACUCUAGAGAAGGAAAAAGCCAGGCUGCUUGUGUCUCUGGAGGAGAAGAACCAGUGCUUCCGAAAACUGGAAGAACAGAACCUGGUGCUGAAAAAUCGUGUGUCUCGCUUAUUUUCUGCUCUUAAGCAGGCAGAGCAGCUCUGUUCUGAGCAUAGGAGACAAAUGCAGGAGCUCAACACCCAGAUGCAGGCCAUGCUGCUGGCAGAGAUAGAGAAGACAGCUCAGCAGGCAACUGAAGAGAAGCAGCUGCUGGAAACUGAGGUGUCUGAGCUGCGUGUGAGGCUCCAGAGCUCUGAGGAAAGAGCAGAGGCCAUGGCCACACAGUGUAAGGCCAUGGAGCUGGGGCUGAGGAAGACACAGGCUCAGAGGGACAAUCUCAGAGCCUACAAUCAGGAGCUGCUGAAACAGCUGGAGCACAUUGAGCAAGUUUGGUGGAAGACACAACUCAAGUACCUUUCUCGAGAAAGUGCCCUGGAGAAAGAGGCCACUGAAAGACAGGAAGAGGCUGUGACUCUUCGUCAGGAGGUGGCAUCUCUGAAGAGGAAAUUGGAGAACCUGGAGAAGGAAAGGAAGGAUGUGCUGGUGAGAUUGGCAGAUGCCACAGAGGGCCAAUUCCUAGCUAUGUUUGGACCUUGUGGUGAUAGUUCUAAGGAGCAGACUUUUUCAGUUAAACUUUUCUAACUGCAUUCUUCUGAAUAAGGAGGAGAUGUUGUAGUCAUGCCAAAGGCAGUUAAUGCUG